AUGUCCACCUACUCCCAAUCCCUCCUCCCCCGGCGCUCCUCCGUUCCCAAAGCCCGCUCCGUUCUCAAACCCCCCGAACGCCCCAUCGCCCUGCGCUGCGAAUACAUCACCGACACAAAAACCGUCCUCACGCUCAACCCGCAAGGCGACUCCAAUUCCUCAAAAGCAUACAAGAUACUAGACAAUGAAGGCGCAGUAGUGUUCACAGUAACGGGGUGGAAAUUCAGCAAUAGAAGUUGCCGCGAGUUCCGCGAUGCCUCGGGACUACCGCUAUUCGAGCUGCAUCGGAAUUGGUUCAAGUUUAGGCACAAGUGGUGUGUUACGUUGCCGGGGGUUGAGCCUGGUAGCAGCAGUGCAAGCAGUAGUAGUGGUAGUGGGUUUGGGGAUGGUAGUUGUAAUGGGGGAGUGCUUGCGACGGGAUCGCAUCGGAUUCGGGCCCUUGGGUAUAAGCCUUUUGGGGGCUUUAGUAUUGGGAUUGAGCGGAAUGCUGCUGCUGCGGACUCAAAGAAAGAGGAUGAUAAGAAGCUCUCGUUGGAAAUCGAGAAAUACGGAAAUGUUUUGGCGCUAUUUGACGUCGUCGAUGGGGAUCGCAAAGUCGCCCAGGUGCGCGAGAGCAUCGAGCAUAACGAGAGGUUGGCCUUAAUCAGUUCGCGUGCGGACUAUCGCCCUGUUUUGGAUGUCAUUGUCACCCCCGGAGUCGACUUGUCUUUGAUUGCUAUAAUUGCGGUGAUUGCGUCGGAUUCUGUUUUUACAGCGAAUGUUUGA